GGCGCAGGCGGCCAGGUUUUCGUGGCAGGCUAUGGGAUGGAUGAAGCUGAGCAGGACCAGUAUGAAGCGCGCCUCAAGGAGCUCUUUGACAGCUUUGACACCACAGGCACGGGGUCCCUGGGGCAGGAGGAGCUCACUGACCUCUGCCACAUGCUGCACUUGGAGGAGAUGGCCCCAGCACUCCAGCAAACCCUGCUCCAAGGCAACCUAGGCAGGGUCCAUUUUGACCAAUUUAAAGAAGCACUUAUCCUCAUCCUAUCCAGAACCCUCUCAAAUGAAGAGCACUUCCAAGAAACAGAUUCUUCCCCAGAAGCACAGCCCAAGUACAUCAAAGGUGGCAAACGCUACGGCCGGCGCUCCCUGCCCGAGUUCCAGGAGGAGGUGGAGGACUUUGCUGAGGUGACAGUCAUUGAGCCACUGAGUGAGGAGCCACAUCCCCCCCACAUUGCCUCCAGCAGCUGUGAAGAGCACUGGAAGACACAAGACAGUGAGGAGUAUGAGGCUGAGGGGCAGCUGCGCUUCUGGAACCCAGAUGACCUGAACUCCCCUGGAGCAUCCCUGCUCACCCCAGACUGGAUAGAAGAGAAACUACAGGAGGUCUGUGAGCACCUGGGAAUCACCAGGGAUGGUCACCUCAACCGUAAGAAGCUCAUCUCCAUUUGUGAGCAGUAUGGGCUCCGAAACGUGGCUGGGGAGGUAAUUGAAGAGGUGCUCCGUAACCUGGAGCAGGAUGGCACCAUGAGUGUAGAGGACUUCUUCUAUGGCUUGCUUAAAAAUGGGAAGUUGCUGACACCCUCAGCAUCUACUCCAUACAGGCAGCUGAAACGACACCUCUCCAUGCAGUCCUUCGAUGAGAGCGGGAGGCGCACGACCACCCCUUCGGCCAUGCCCAGCACCGUCGGCUUCUGCCUCUUCUCCAGCCUGGAUGAUGGGAUGGGCUAUGGCUGUGUGGAGGAUGUCCUUGACUGCUGGCACCAGGAGGGCAUAGAGAACAGCCAGGAGAUCCUCAAGGCUUUGGAUUUCAGCUUGGAUGGGAAGGUGAACUUAACAGAGCUGACGCUGGCGCUAGAAAACGAGCUUUUAAUAACCAAGAAUGGAGUCCACCAGGCAGCUCUGGCAAGCUUCAAAACAGAGAUCAGACACUUACUGGAGAGGGUUGACCAGGUGGCCAGAGAGAAAGAGAAGCUGCGCUCAGACUUGGAAAAAGCUGAGAAGCUGAAAUCCCUGAUGGCCUCUGAAGUGGAUGACCACCACGCUGCCAUCGAGCGCCGGAAUGAGUACAACCUCAGGAAGCUGGAUGAGGAGUACAAGGAAAGAAUUGGAGUUUUAAAGAAUGAGCUGAGGAGAGAGCGGGAGCAAAUCCUGCAGCAGGCCAAUAAGCAAAGGCUGGAGCUGGAGCAGGAGAUAGAAAAGCUGAAAACUGAUGAGAAUUACAUCCGGGACCGCCUGGCCCUUUCCUUGAAGGAGAACAGCCGUCUGGAAAGCGAGCUACUGGAAACGGGAGAAAAACUGUCAGAGUAUGAAAGCCUGGCAAGCAAACUGCAGAGGAACUUGGAAAACGUCCUGGCUGAGAAGUUUGGUGACCUGGAUCCGAGCAGUGCAGAGUUUUUCCUGCAGGAGGAGAGACUGGCACAGAUGAGGAGCGAGUACGAGCAGCAGUGCAGAGAGCUGCAAGACCAGAUAGAUGAGCUGCACUCAGAGCUGCAGGAGUACCGUGCCCAAGGCAAAGUGCUGAGGCCUUCACUGAGAAAUUCCCUGUCAGAAGAGUUUGACAUUGAUAUGAAAAGUCAUGGCAAUGGUGGCAUUGAGCCUGACCAAGGUCUUGGUUCAGAAGACUGCAACCCAUUAAAUAUGAGCAUAGAGGCAGAAAUGGCUAUAGAACAAAUGAAGGAACAACAUCAUAGGGAUCUCCAUCACCUCAAACAGGAGCUGGAAGACACAGUGAACCGAUAUGAAAAGCAGCUGGAUGAGGCCAAAAGUCACUGUGAGAAAGAGCAAGAGGAUAUGAGGAAGAAGUACACUGAAGAGAUGCAUGUCAUGGAAAAGCAAAUAACUAGCCUUAAAAAUCAAAUUGCUGAACUGCAAGGAGAGGCAGCAGCUCUCAGAGAAGAGCAAGAAAAGCUUGACUGUAAAUAUAACGAGGAGAAAACCAAAUUACAAAUGCAUUUCGAUGAGGAGAAAGCCAAUCUGCAAGAACUAUUGAGGCAGGAGCAUGAAGAAGAUGUUAGAGCCAGACUGGAGCAGGUAAAGGAAAAGUUUAGUCAAGAACGGGAAGAACUGAUUCAAAGCAGUGUCUGGGUGGAAGAAAAGAUGAGAGUUUUAGUGCAGACACUGCAGGAAGAGAAGGGAGAGCUGGAACGUGGCUUUCAGGAGCAGCUGAAGAGGAUGGCAGAGGUGCAUGUCUUGGAGAAGGAGGAGCUCCAACAAGAGCUGCUGAGGAAGCACGAGCAGGACCUGGAGGAGGAAAGGAAAAAAAUGGCAAGUGACUAUAACAGAAGAGCAUCUAAUGCAGAAACUCAGUUUUCUGUCGACACACAAACACUUGUGAAUAAAUAUGAAGAAAUGAUCCACAACCUAGAAGGAUGUCACCAGCGAGAGUUGCAUCAACUUGCUGAGAAGCAGAGAGAGGAGAAAUCUCAGUGGGAUUUUGAAAAACAUGAAAUUGCUCAGGAGGUUGCUGAAGCCCAAGAGCGACUGAAGGAAAGUCUGGCAACUGAAAAGGCCGUGUCCUCUGCCCUGACCCAGGAGAAAGAUCUCCUGGAGAAAAACUUCAAGGAAGAAGUGAACAAGCUUGUGUGUGAGAGAGAGCAGCUUCAGAAGGAGCUGCAAGACUUAAGGAAUGCUGCUGAGAAGCAAGAGAGAAAGCUGAGUGAUCAAAUAAUGCAGCUCCAAAAUGACCACGAGAAAGAGCUCAGGGACAAAGCCGAGCGGAUCGCUGAGGUGGAGGAAACUGGGAAGCUGGUUAGGCAAAAGCUGGAGAGGCUUGACAGUGAGUAUAAGCAAGAGAAAGAAGACCUCAAUUCUAAGCUUCUUGCUUUGGAGAGUUUAAACAAAGACAUUUGUGUAAGAGCAGAGGAAGAAAAGGCCGAGAUGAGUUUGGAAAUCUCAAACCUCCAAGGGAAAAUACGGAAGCUGCAGUGGGAGUCCCGUAGUUUUUCUGCGCUCCAAAAUCAUUAUAGAGUCCUGGAAAAUGAGUAUGCCAAAGCAAAGAGCAAAAUGGCUUCUUUCUUUGGCAGGGCACCUCUGGGAGAUGAUGCAGAUGUCUUCUUAAGUCUGCAGAAAGUGCAUGAGCAAGCUGUGAAGGAAAAUGUCAGAAUGGCUGCUGAGAUAGUCAGGCUGCAGCACAGGUUGCAAGCUGCCCAGCAGGAGCCCGUGCAACCUCCCAGUCCUGGCUGCUCCAACUCCAUCUCAGAACCAUCUCAGCUGCCUGAGGAAGUGGAUCCAAGUUUUGAAGAGCUGCACAGCGACUGUGAAGAUGUGGAAAAGGGAACAGAACCAAAUGUCCUUCUGUUUGUAGAGGCUGAUACUACAGACCUGGAUGAAAUGGCCGAGGUUGAUUCGGAUGUGGAGGAAGCAAGUGGCAGAUCUGGUGGUCCUGCACUCAAGGCACAGGUAUGUCAGCUGGAAGGCAGUAGAGCAGUUCUAGAAGCUGGUGGCAAUCAGGAUUGUGACAAGAAUCAAGAGCUGCUUUUUCAGGUGCCUCUGCUGCAAAACAAGGGAGAACUCAGGAGAACUCUUGAGAGAGCACCCAGUCCAGAACCACUACAGAAUGAUACUCAGCAGCAGGAGGUUCAUCUGCUAAAUCACAGAAUAACUCCCAAUAAUAAAGGGUUUGUUUCUGAUGUUUCAAAGCUGGAGGUUGAGCUUGAGGAGGCUGAAGAACUGAGUGAAGACUCUCUCCAGCUUGACCAUGCUCCUGGGGCAACAACCAGUGACCUGAGAAGUAUAAUAACUCAGCUUUGGAAAAAGGUUGAAGAGUUAGAAGAAAGAUCAAUGGCCCAGGCUGAGCUUCUGUCAGUACAAGAGGAAAUUCAAGUAGAAAAUGAGGACCUGAAAUAUGAAAUAAUGCAAUUAGUUGAAAAAAAUCAAGUGCUAGAAGACAACUUGAGUAAGCUGAGAAGCCUUCAUUACAAACUAGAAGGAAAUGAACUGGAAAGUGUUAAGCUUGGGGAGGAAAACACCCAGCUCCUCCAGAAAGUCAAAGAAUGGGAACAUGUACAAGAACAAGAGGCAGAAGGGAAUGUAGCUGCACACAGGGAAGAGUCAGGACUGCAGGGCUGGCUUGGAGAGCUGGAAGAACAUGCUGGCAAGUCCAUGGGUCAGCAAGACCAGCAUGCCCAAAGCAAGAGCACUAUGAAAGAAACAUCUGCAGAAAAGAGGGAGCUGCAAGAGCCCAAGAGAAAGCUGAAGGAGAAAGCUGCUGCUCUGGUUAAGCCCAAAGCCAUGCUUUUCCCUGGAGAGAGAGAGGAGAGGAGUACAGUGAUGCAGGGCUUGCAAAGCUCAUGCUCUGAGCUGCAGCACAAAGUUGACCUUCUGAGAUGUGAAGCUGAGAAGCUCAGAGAAGAAAAUACUGCUCUGAAAAAUGAAGUGACUUUAUUAAACGAGGAGGGUAGUGCUUCCAGCCUGAAGCUGAGGGAGCUAAGUGGAUCCAGAGAAGAAAUGAGGCAAAAGAUAGAGGCUGUGAGAAAGGAGAAGGUGGCUGUCCAGAAGAUGGUUGACAAUCUAAAAAAGCAGGUAGCAGAUCUGAAGACCAGAAAUCAGCAGCUGGACUCUGAAAAUACAGAACUUAGCCAGAGGAACUCCAAAAAUCAAGCAGAUGUGCAGGAUCUUAACCAACAGUUGGCAAGGGUGCUCAAGCAAAAGGAAAGGGAAGCAGGAAAGUGUACCCUGGAAGAGUGGGAAAAGGAGAGGCUGGUGCUGAAAGAGGAACUGGAGAACUCCAAAGUAAAGUCAUCAAAUAUGGUGUCUUCCUUGGAGAUGCAGCUGUCAGAAAUGAAGGUUCAAGCUCAUCUACUGCAGCAGGAGAACCACAUCCUCAAGCAGGAGCUUGAGAAGACAAAGGAGCUGCCCAGAUGUCCUGAUCUCUCUGACCUUCAAAACGAGGUGUCAAGCUUAAUUACUAAGAAUGAAAAGCUGCAGAAAGAAAAAGAAGCCCUGAGUGAGGAAUUAAACAGAUGUAUUGAUAAGGUAGCCAAAGUAAGCUGCUUAGAGAAUGCAGUUGCCAGCUUGAAGCAGGAACAGGAGUCCUGGGAACAGCAGAGUCAGACACUGAAAACACAGCUCACUGUUGCACAAGAAAAGGUUCAGAGCCUGGAUGAAACGCUGCAAAACUCCAACCUGCAAAUGGCUCGCCUCAAAUCAGACCUAAGGGGGACCCAAGAGGAGAAGGAAACCCUUAAACAAGAAGUGAUGUCUUUGCACAAGCAGCUGCAGAAUGCCAAUGAAAAGAAUCGGGUUCUGGAAGGGGCUGUGCCUCCCUCAGGGCUGCAGGACCAACAGAGGCAUCUCCACUGGGAUCAACUGGAGCAACUGGCCAAAGAGGAGCAGCAGCUGCUCAGGCAGGAGAAUGAGAGGCUGCAGAGAGAAGUCCAGAGCACUCAGACAGACCUGAUUCACUCCAGGGAGAAGAUCCGACAGCUGGAAUCCACUGUCCUUUCCCUGAAGCACCAAAAGCAUCAAAGCCAGUCAGGUGUCAUCAAAGCCAUGGAGCAAGAGAAAUUAAGCUUUAAGAGAGAGUGUGAACAGCUUCAAAAGGAGUUGUCAUCUGCAAACAGGAAGAUCAGUCAGAUGAAUUCUCUUGAACGUGAACUGGAAACCAGCUCAGAAAAUGAAGGGCUGAGAAAGAAGCAGGUGAAACUGGAUGAUCAGUUAAUGGAGAUGCUCCACUCCAGCAGCAGUGUGAUGCUUAGGCAGUCCCCACACCCCCGGGAGCUCCAGCAGCAAGGUUGUGCUGUGGUGCCCAAGGAACAGUUCCUGCAGCUCCAACACCAGCUCCUACAAGCAGAGAGGAGGAGUCAACGUCUUCAGGAAGAACUGGAAAGCUCUGAAACAAACAUGCAACAGGGGGGUCAUGAGCAGCUUCUAAAAAUGAUGGAAGAACGGAUGGUGGAUGUGGAGCAGAAACUGAGACUUGUGAAGAGGCUUCUCCAAGAUAAAGUAAAUCAGCUGAAAGAACAACUCUCCAAGAACACCAAGGCAGAUGCAAUGGUCAAGGAUCUCUAUGUUGAGAAUGCACAGCUGCUGAAAGCUUUGGAGAUGACAGAGCAGAGGCAGAAAACUGCUGAAAGGAAAAAUUAUCUGCUAGAAGAAAAAAUUGCCAACCUCAACAGAAUAGUGAAGAACCUGGCAUCCCCAGUGUUUAAUUCUGCAUCUGAGAUAAGGUCAUAGCAAAGCCAUUGACUCUGCCACAGUCCCAUGCACUUUACUGAAAUGUUACUAUUUCAGCUUUUCACUGUGUUGCCUUUUUGUAGGGAUGAAUUUUAGUGAACAGAAGGCUCCAAGGAGAGGACAGAGCUGAAUCCCAA